UCAGAAAUUCGUGAUAAUGGAAUGAUGAAAAAUCGGAAAAAAAACGUUUGGGUGCUCGUUCUCGGUUCACAUAGCAUAUACCGUGAGUCGAAACGCGUAGGAGAUUUUCUUAAGAAAAUAUCUACGUAAAUAGAGGAUAUUUAGAAAGAAAUAAUGAUAUUGUCUAUGCACAUAGAAAUAAGUUCUAUCGUGAUAUUCGAUAACGUACUAGGAAGCUCUGUAAUGAUUCUUAUGUGACAAGGAUGGCGUCACUCAAAAGUGUUCCACGAUCGGGUUUAUCAGACGUUAUAGGCUCGUUUCUUUAGCGCGUGAAAAGAUUAUUUUUCUUUGUCAGGAGCCAUCCAUUUUAGGGUCUCAGGGAUGAAAUUCUGAAAUUCACACCGACGAAAUAAUACCGAUCGAACGAUCGAUGGAAGGUCGGUUGAAAUAAAGUUGCGAUGCGAAGUGCUUCUCAUCGGUGAAUAGUCAACACACAGUUCGUGGGUAUUUUCGCGUUGGUGCGUGCCCGUGGGGCAGGUAUCAAUAAAACUUUAUGUUUUUUAAAGAAGAAAGUUGACGGGGAAGUUAAAUAAGGGAGAGAGGAUAUCGGUAUCGUGAUCUAACGCAACCAUACACGACAUACAUAUAUCUCGGAAAUCGAAGGAAAAAGACAGAGCUUACGAAUUACGACGGAUCCAGGAAAAAAAGUGAAGGAGAGUAUAUCGCGAUAAGCCUCGAAGGAUUUUGUUGUUUCUUCAUAAGUCGACGACUUUUUUUAACUUGUGCAAGCUGGUAAUAUUGCGAUAAAUAACGAUGGAAAUAAUCGUAUUAAAGAGCUAACGAGUACUGUAAAAAUUACAUACCGUUUGCCACGCUGCUCGUCAACAGAACGAUCGCCCAAAUACUCCGAACAAUUUUGAGGUUAUGUGUUAUCGAGACACACGAAUUACGUACUUUGAUUUUGAGACCCCGCAUUUUAUGAAAGCGUAGAGGAGCUGGAUGUAAAUUUACGAGCGAAAAAUAAAUCUUGUCUCAUCGUGAAUGCCAACGUACGUCUUUCCUUCGAAAAAAGAAUCAUUCGAUCUUCGCUGAUGUCACCGCAAAACUUUUCUGCAAGAGAUGUUUUCCUAUAGGAUACACAUAUUAAAUGUUAACUAAGCAUUGAUCAUUUCUUUUCUUUUUUAAAAUAAAAGAGACCCGCGCAAGGUGUUCAAAAAGUAAAGAAAUAUCGUAUCUUUUAAAAUUAGUGCAGAUGUUGCAAGCGUCAUAACUGUGCUAAAUACAUUGAGUUCCAAGAGUUUUUAAAUAUAAAUAUACAAAUCAAGUUUUAUAUUGUUGAUAAGUGAAUGGUUCGUGAUUUCGCUAAUUGUUACUUGCAAUCUAUUAAUGCUCUAAAGUGAUACAAGUUAAUGUCCAAUUUUUAGUUAGGUUUUAAAUAGAACAACUGGCACAUUAUGUUACCAUUAAACGAGAGUGCGUGAUACGUAUAUCGUGGUGAAUUGAUAUGAUUAAAACAGCUUUCUGUGGAAAUUUUACAUAUACCAUUUUGACAAAUAGUACAGUCAGGCGCUGUUUUCCCGUUUAAUCUAUGAUUUAAGUAUAUUAAGUACACGUUGUUAUCAAAAUUUGCUUAAAUAUUUGUGAUAGCGGUUCACACGAAUGGAUGAUGCUUGGAGGCAAUGAACGGAAUGGAGAGACAUGGACAUGGACAUGGACAUUCGCAUGCACACUCGCAUCGUCAUCGCCAUUCGCAUGGCAAUUCACAGAGUGCAUCACAAAAUUCAAAUCAAUCAUCGAAACAUAGUCAUGGUCACGUAACUCAUUCUCAAAAGGAAGCAUCUAUACCGCAAGUAGCACAAAAACCAAGGAAUUAUAAAUUACUUGUGGAUCCAUUCUUAGUGAAGGGAGCUACAAAAUUAUAUAGAUACGAUGGAACAGUCCCAGGAGAUCCGACUUAUCCUGUGGUUCAACCACGGGAUCCCAGAUCCCAGUUAACAAGAAUAUGGACUCGACUAGAACAACUUGACUUACCUGUACCUAGAUUUAAAAUAGAUUCUAAUUAUUGCGGGGAACCUCCUCCGCUUGAGGUAACAUUUUGUCAUUUGAACGACAAUAUUGAUAAAACAUUUUUAACGGACAUGGUUCAAAAGUUCGGUGCCGUAGAAGAACUUACUAUAUAUUACCAUCCAGUAACUAAUAAACAUCUUGGAAUAGCAAGAGUAGUCUUUGAAACUACAAAAGCGUCAAAAGCUUGUGUAGAAAAGUUAAACAAUACAUCUGUGAUGGGUAGGGUUUUAAGAGUAUUUCUUGAUGCUUUUGGAGAGGAAUGUAAAAAGAUUUAUGAGGAGUUAACUGUGGAAAAGAAACCAGAGAGAAAAGUUGAAAAGGAAAUAAAGUGUGAUGUUGAACCAGAAAAGCAAACACCAAUUGAUAAAGUUGUGCCUGAAGAAAGAGACGAUUAUAGAAGUACUAAGAAGACAAUUGCUAGUGUAGAAAAAGUUAGAGAUCCAUAUGUUGAAAAUUCAAGAUACAAUAAGUAUAGGGAUUAUCCUACACCUAGCGGAAGUACCGGCAGUGAUUUAGGUUAUGGCACGGCACCUAGCGAAUUAAAUUAUUCUAGCAACUAUUCUCAAAAUUCUACUCCAGCUGCCAACUAUGAUUUUUAUUAUAGCGGUUAUCACCAUCAACCUUCGAAUAGCUAUUUAGCUAAUAUGCCACAGAAUGUAUCACAAAAUCUUUCAAUGCAACAAAAUUCAAGUAUGUGGUGGAGUAAUAAUUCUGGAGCUGCCGGUUAUCCAUCUGCAUCCAUUUGGCCUGGUCAACAUGGAACAAAUUUGGAAAAUCCAAGUUCUAAUACAGCACCUACUAAUAAAAGCUCUAGCAGUAAAAGUCAACAUCAUACUCCUAAAAAGGAAAAGGAUAAUCAAAACAUUAUAAAAAAUUCAUCUAGAGAUUCUCCUGUUGAAACUCGUAAAACUUUAGAUUUAGACACAAGAAUAGCAAUGUUAUUGAAAGAUAAGGCAGGUGGAAUGGCACCUCCAUUUUUACAAUUUGGCAGCGAUUCUGAGGAUGAUAAAAAAUCACAACAAGGUGAUAACGAGAUGCUUUCAGAUCCUCCAAGUCCAUUUAUCUCUCAUGAGGCAUACAAAUCUUGUUUUGAAAAAAUGAUGGAAAAAAACAAAGAAAGAUGGAAAAUACGAGAAAACAAUCUAAAUCAAUUUUCUGUUGAUGAGGAAUUAGGUAGUGUUAUUAGUUCUAGCGAGGAUGAAGCAUUGCUUGGAAGUUACAGUCCAGCACCCGAUGAAAUUGAACCAGAACCACCAAAAGAACCACCACCUCCCCCACCACCCGAUGAUGAUAGAAUGUCUCUGAGUCCAUUGAGUUCGGGAGAUGAAAAAAUUGAAGAGGUUAUUGCUCAACCGGAACCUUCGAGUCACUUAUAUCCAGGACCUGGUUAUCCUGGUCAUAUAAGUCAUUAUCCGUCUGGAGAUGUUUACAGUUGGCCUAGACCAACCCAAUAUCCUUAUCCUUAUGGAACAACCUACUUACAAAGUCAUUAUCAACCUACUACAGCAUCUUUGUCAGGAACAGUCGGUAGCCAUCAAGGAACAAGUUAUUAUACAUCUUUCCAAUCUCGCUUGCAAGCCAUGGCAAAUCAUAACAUUACUAAGGAUAAUCCACAGGGUCCUACCAUCAACGGUGUGUUAAACAGAGUUGUGAAUGAAUUGAAACAAAUUUUAAAAAAAGAUUUUAAUAAGAAAAUGGUAGAAAAUACUGCAUUCAAGUUAUUCGAAGUUUGGUGGGAUGAGAAAAAAUCAGAAAAGAAUCAAAAUCAAGGAGGAGACAUUACUGUUAUCAAUAAUACCAUUAAAGAAGAAAGUUCAAAGCCACAAGGACUUUCAUUACUUUUGGAACAAGGGACGCCAUUGGGUCUCAAUUAUGAUGGAUUUGGUUUGGGUAUCAGAGCCAGUAUGCCAAAGAUGCCUUCAUUUAGGCGUAAAAUUAAAGCUCCGAGUCCUUUACCGCAAGAUGAAGACAGUCGUCAAUCGGAUCACAUUGAUACUGAAAUUAUAGAAAGUGAUAGUGAUUUGGAUCUACCACCAGUACAAAAAGUUAAAAGACCAGUUUCUUCUCUUCCAAGUGGCUCUUCUUCCUCAUCUUCAUCUUCAUCUACUGAAAGUUCUAGCGACGAAGUUAGUUCCAGUGAAUCUUCUAGCAGCUCAAGCGAAAGUUCGGAUGAAGAAAACUUUGAAGAUGAGCAAGACACGGAUAGCCGCAUGUCCGAUCAUCGUCCCUUGGCUUGCAACAGCGAGGAUCCAGAUAUAUUAACAGAACUCGCAAUUCAAAGAUCUUUAGAUUGUCCUACUCCAACGGGCAGAGAUACUCCUCUACCAGAUAUAAAAAUAAAAGAUCAAAAUUCGAAUGAGUUUCCUCAAAUAGAUAAUGAGGAGAGUCCACUGCCUUCUCCAGCAAAAUAUGAAAGUGAUAAAGAAACAGAUGACAGAUUGAGUGAAAGUUAUACAAAUAAGAUGGAGGAACAGCAAUUGGAAACAUUAAAGCCUAUAGAUGUUAAUGCGAACAAACCAAGAUUAGAACAGGAUGUGCAACAGAAAAUGAAUACAUAUAUUGGUAAGUUACCACAGAAAGAAGAGAUUCAACAAGAUAUGAGAAAAAUGGAAAGUUCGGCUGCAGAAGCAUUAAUUACAUUGGCUGGGCAAGAUAAUAUUAUACGACAUAGAAGUCCAGGACCUAUUGAGCCUAAUAUUAUUAGAGCUCUUCAAACAAUGUCUGCCAAAUAUAUAAAUGAUGAACCUAUUCUUAAAGAAUCUGAAAAAAUUGAAAUGUUUAGUGAAAUUCCUACUACAGAUUCGGAAGAAGAAAGCCUUGAGAUUAGAAGGUUAAGAUUCCAAGCGGAAGUCGAUCUUCGAUUAAACGGCCAACAAAGCCCGAGCUCACCUGGUUCACAAGCAUCUCAGGUCUUUAUGGAACACUCAUAUUCCUUACCACCGGCACCACCAGAACCCGUGGAACCUGUUGUACGUAUGAAUGCACCACCAGUGAAGAUGAAACCCUCGAAGGUUGUUAAAUUAACGAAAGGAAAAGAUAAAGUACAUAAGGUUGAAAAACGAAAGUUGAAUAAAUAUUCAAAGAUGCACGAUCUUCAGAAUCAUGAAGGGGAAAAAGAAAAUAUUCAAAAUGAAUAUGUUUAUGAAAGAUUCCCUAGGAAUGUCCAAGAACCACCAUUAGUAUAUAAGGAAAGAGAUUUAAUGUCAGAAAUGGGUAUUUUGUACGAAUUCUUGACCAGAGGUAUAGAUGCAGAAGAUGUUGAAUAUUUAAGAAGAAGUUAUGAAGCUUUACUAGCGGACGAUGCUCAAGGAUAUUGGUUAAACGAUACUCAUUGGGUUGAUCAUCCUGCAACAGACAUACCAAGUCCAGCUAAGAGAAGAAAACGAGAUGAAUUAAGAUUACAUGCAACUGGAAGUGCUAGAACUGAGGGAUACUAUAAAGUAGAUCUAAGGGAGAAAGCAAAGCAUAAACAUCAUUAUGCACAAAGCAUACAACGUUCUGAUGAUGUAGAAGAGAGUGGUGGUACUUAUACAGGAGGAGAUGGCAUAAUAAAUGGUCAAAAGGGUAAUACAAAAGCAUUGACUGGUAAGAUGCAAGCUUUGUCGCGAGAAGCACGAAGUAAUCAACGUCGUCUAUUAACUGCAUUUGGAAUAGACACGGACAGUGAUCUCCUUAAGUUUAAUCAAUUAAAAUUCAGAAAAAAACAAUUGAAGUUUGCAAAAUCUGGCAUUCAUGAUUGGGGCUUGUUUGCUAUGGAACCAAUUGCAGCAGAUGAAAUGGUUAUAGAAUAUGUAGGACAAAUGGUUAGACCAGUCGUUGCCGAUUUAAGGGAGUCUCAAUACGAAGCUACAGGUAUCGGUAGUUCUUACCUAUUCCGUAUUGAUCUGGAUACGAUCAUUGAUGCAACAAAAUGUGGCAACCUAGCAAGAUUCAUUAAUCACAGUUGCAAUCCAAACUGUUACGCAAAGGUGAUUACUAUAGAAAGCCAAAAGAAAAUUGUAAUCUACAGUAAACAACCGAUAGGAGUUAACGAAGAAAUAACUUAUGAUUACAAAUUUCCAUUGGAGGAUGACAAAAUACCCUGCCUUUGUGGAGCUCCGCAGUGUCGGGGUACUCUCAAUUAAAAAGUUCAUCGAGCUACAUUGUUCAUCCCUCUUUCCUAUCUUCUACACUUCACCAUGUCCUGCUCAUAUUUUUGUAAAUACUUCUUCAUGUAAACAUUUUAUAAAAAUGCUAUCGAAAAAUACUAAAUUA